AUGCAUCACCACCAAUCAUCAAAAACAAUCAUCACAUCCUUAAUCACUAUCACCACCACUACCAAUCAUCACAGCACUUACACCACAAUCAUCACUAUCAUCACCACCAAUCAUCACCGUCAGCAACACCAGUUCAGCCAUCACUAUCAGCACCACCAUUCAUCACUGCCAUUACCACCAAUCAUCACAAAACAAUCAUCACCACCAUUCAUCACUAUCACCACCACUACCAAUCAUCACAGCCAGCACCACCAAUCACCACCUUCAGCACCACCAUUCAUCACUGCCAUCACCACCAAUCAUCACAAACAAUCAUCACCACCAAUCAUCACAAACAAUCAUCACCACCAUUCAUCACUAUCACCACCGCCACCACCAAUCAUCACCGUCAGCACCACCAAUCACCACCUUCAGCACCACCAUUCAUCACUGCCAUUACCACCAAUCAUCACCACCAAUCAUCACCACCACCAAUCAUCAUCAGCAAAAAGCUUCUUCGAGAUGAUUUUAAAUGCUCACAAGAGCCUUCUGGGACCAGUCGUCUUCUCAUAUUGA